CUUUGCAUGAUAUUUUUUUUGCACGUGGUUGUUAUUCCCUAGUUAGCUUACACAUAUUAUAGCAUAUUUUAUCUUGGCUGUCACAUUGGGAAAUGGACAUAUUCUGAACUAAGUUAUUUACUUCCUUUUAUAGACUAGAAGUAUUUUCUUAUUUACUUGAUUAGGGGUUGUCGCAUCUUGUGAUUUGAUUAGAUACUCUUCUUGAUCUGGUUUCUCACUUUGAGCAACAAUGGCAGCAAUGAUGAUAGUUGACUUUCAAAACUGUUUCAUCUUCAUCCUUCUAUGCCUCUUCUCACUCCUCUGUUACACUCUCUUCUUCAGGAAACAAAAGAAGUCACGACUUGGCUUUGACGAUCUGCCACCGAGCCCUCCUUCUCUACCAAUCAUUGGUCAUCUUCACAUCAUCCUCUCUCUUCUAAUCCACAAAUCAUUACAGAAACUCGCAUCUAAGUAUGGACCUCUUCUCCAUCUCCGCAUCUUCAACUUCCCUAUAGUCCUCGUCUCCUCUGCUUCAGUGGCUGAAGAGAUCUUCAAAACACAAGACGUGAACGUGUCCUCUCGCAGCCUCCCUACUAGCGAGGGGUCCCUCUACUUUGGAUCUUCUGGCUUCAUCUUCGCACCUUAUGGAGAUUACUGGAAGUUUAUGAAGAAGCUCAUCACCACCAAGCUCCUCGGACCACAGGCACUCGAGAGGUCACGAGGCAUCCGUGGUGAUGAGGUGAAGCUGUUUUACUCUAACCUCCUAGAUAAGGCGAUGAGGAAGGAGAGAGUUGAUAUCGGUGAAGAAGCAAUGAAGCUAACUAACAACAGCAUGUGCAAGAUACUCAUGGGGAGGGUUUGUGUAGAGGAUGCGGAGAUAGUCAGAGGCUUAGUGGCAAAGACAGAUUCCCUGACGAAGAAGCUUUUCUUGGCGUCUGUCUUGCGCAGACCGCUUGAGAAGCUUGGGAUCUCACUUUUUAAAAAGGAGCUGAUGGGUGUUUCCAGUAUGUUUGAUGAGGUACUAGAGAGGUACCUUGUGGAACACGAAAAGAAACAGGAGGAACAAGGUGGGGAUAUGAUGGAUGUGUUGAUAGAAGCAUAUAGAGACGAAAAUGCUGAGUAUAAGAUCACUAGGAACCAUAUCAAGUCCUCGUUAGUGGAUCUUUUCAUUGCAGGCAGUGAAACUACGUCCAACAGUAUAGAAUGGACCAUGGCCGAGCUGAUAAACAACCCCAAGAGUCAUGAGAAACUGAGAGGAGAAAUCGAUUUGAUUGUAGGGAAAACAAGGUUGAUUUAAGAAACUGAUCUACCAAACCUUCCUCAUCUGCAAGCGGUCAUGAAGGAAGGACUGAGAUUGCACCCACCGGCGCCUCUUGUGGUAAGAACAUUCCAAGAAGGGUGUGAGGUCAAAGGGUUCUACAUACCGGAGAAGACAACACUUGUUGUCAAUGGUUAUGCUGUAAUGAGAGAUCCUGAUGUCUGGGAAGAUCCUGAGGAGUUUAAGCCAGAGAGGUUCUUGGCUACUUCACGUUCAGGACAAGAAGAGGACAAGACGAAAGGUCUAAGAUACAUUCCUUUCGGAAGUGGAAGGAGAGGUUGUCCUGGAUCAAACCUGGCUUAUCUCUUUCUAGGAGCAGCUGUUGGAGUAAUGGUGCAGGCCUUUGAUUGGAGAAUCAAGGAAGAGAAAGUUAACAUGGAUGAAGUUGCUGGAGCAGCUUCGUUGAGCAUGGCUCAUCCAAUUCACGCUACUCCUGUUGCUCGAACCCGAAACCUUCUAACUUAACUUGUAGACUUGCUUUCUCUUGGAUUUUCUAAAUCUCAUGAUUGAACAAAGGCUAUCUAUCUUAUUAAAACUCAAGUACAAAAUUGGAGUGUUUGGAGACUUGAA